AUGUGCACCAACGUGAACACACGUGUUCCUAUUUCCAAGAUGGCUGCGCCCAGCUUCAAGAAUUUGCAGUGUGAAAACUACGGGAAAAUAUCUGCUGAACAGCACUUGCCUUUACAAGAACUCACAAAGCCUCACAUCGAGUCGUUCAACUAUGUCAUGAGAGAGGGGCUCUCCCUGGCUGUUCGGAACAUCCCACCUGUAGAAUUUGAGCUUGAGAAUGGAGACAGAAUAUCAUUUGCUUUCAAGGAUGCAACUGUUGGCUUACCUAUGGUCAGCGUUCGCAACCGCUAUGCAACAACUCUGAGAAUUUUUCCAACUGAGUGCCGACAGCGUGGGAUCACAUAUCGGGCCAAACUGCAGGCUGGGAUCGUGUGGAAGAGCAGCAAUGGCACCCUUGGAGUCAAGGAUGUAAUGAUGGGUGAAGUGCCCAUCAUGGUCAAGUCUGAUAAUUGCAACCUGCGGAAGCUCUCCCCGUCUCAGCUUGUCCAUCAUCAUGAGGAGGCAGAAGAGAUGGGUGGAUACUUCAUUGUCAACGGCAUCGAGCGAGUCAUCAGGAUGCUCAUCAUGCCCAGGAGAAAUUAUCCAAUGGCCAUCAGUAGACCGAAAUGGAAGACGAGAGGCCGAGCGUUCACUGAGUACGGUGUCACCAUGAGAUGUGUCCAGAACGACCAAACUUCUACAAAUAUAAUCCUACACUACAUGAACAAUGGAACUAUUGUUCUGAGUUUCACUUGCCGGAAGGAAAUGUUCUUCGUCUCGCUUGUCAUGGUUCUAAAGGCUCUCAUAGACACGACAGACCAACACAUCUACAGUGAGAUGCUGAAAGGAAAAGAGCAAGACACUUUCCUCAUCGGUUGCGUGACUGAGAUGCUUCGUCAAGCGCAAUCCCUGAACCUGACCACACAGAAAAGCAUCCUUACCUUCAUUGGUGAACAGUUCCGUGUCAAGCUAGGCCUGCCUAGCUGGUACUCGGCCGAAGAGGUCGCCAGAUUCCUGCUCAGACAACAGAUCUGUAUUCAUCUGGACUCCAACGUGGACAAAUUCAACACACUCAUCUUAAUGGCUAGGAAGUUAUUCUCUUUUGCCCGUGGUCAGUGUUCAGCAGACAACGCUGACAGCCCCAUGAACCAGGAGGUCUUGAUAGCAGGACAUCUCUACCAAAUGCUCCUCAAGGAAAAAAUGGAGUCGUGGUUACUGGGUUUGAAGUAUGCUAUCUUAAAGAAAGAAAAGAACUCGAUGAAGAACUUCAUCUUUAAUAAAGCCACCAUGUCUGAGGUACUCAAAAGUGUUAAUGAUCUUACCCGACCGAUGGAAUAUCUUCUUGCAACAGGAAACUUGGUCUCUAAGACAGGGCUUGGUCUCAUGCAGGCUGCUGGAAUGACUGUCGUUGCUGACAAACUCAACUUCAUGCGCUUCGUCUCUCAUUUUCGCUGUGUCCAUCGUGGGUCGUUCUUCUCUGAGAUGAGGACAACAUCUGUCCGGAAGCUUCUCCCAGAAGCUUGGGGUUUCCUGUGCCCAGUUCACACCCCUGACGGGGCCCCCUGUGGCCUCCUGAAUCACCUUACAGCGUCCUGUCAGGUGACCAAUACUCAACCAAUGAUGUCUCACCUGCCACGCCUUCUAUGCUCCCUGGGCAUGGCCCCACUGGAUGGCCCCGCCCCAGCACCCGUUGUAGACUGCUAUGAGCUUGUCAUGGAUGGGCGUGUAUUGGGACUGGUUGCCAAGGACGUGGCCCCGGAACUAGCGGAAAAGUUGAGGACACUGAAGGCAAAACAAGAAAAAGGGGUUCCAGCGACGCUUGAGGUAGUGCUCGUUCCCAUGACCAAGCAUGCCAGCCAGUACCCAGGUCUCUUCCUGUUCACCACGCCGGCGCGACUCAUGCGACCUGUCUUCAACUUAGCGACGCAGUCGACACAUCUGAUUGGUACACUGGAACAGGUGUAUCUGAAUAUUGCAGUCACGCCAAAGGAGAUACAUGAAGGGGAGACAACCCACAUGGAGCUGAGUGAGACCGGUAUACUGAGUGCAGUGGCGAGCUUGACUCCCUUCUCCGAUUUCAACCAGAGUCCACGUAACAUGUAUCAGUGUCAGAUGGGAAAGCAGACCAUGGGAGUUCCCUGCCAUACCUUGCAAUAUCGCAACGACCACAAGAUGUACCGUCUUCAGACUCCACAAUCGCCUGUCGUCAGACCCCAUGCCUAUGACCAUUACAACUUUGACGAUUACCCACUCGGAACCAAUGCUGUUGUCGCCGUUAUCUCGUACACGGGCUACGACAUGGAAGAUGCCAUGAUUCUCAACAAGUCAUCAGUUGAGAGAGGUUUCUGCCAUGGCACCAUCUACAAGACAGAAGAGAUUGAUCUCAAGAAGCAAGGUGGCGGGCCGGCAAACCAAGUCACACACAUAUUUGGUUGUGAUGUGAACAAUCAACGUGCAACAGGCAAGCUGGAUCCUGAUGGCUUCCCACCGAUAGGCACAGUCAUAGAGCCAGGAGAUCCGUUCUACAGUUUUCUAGAUUUAGAGACUCGUCAGUAUAAGGUAGAGCGAUACACUGGUAUGGAGACUGGAGUGGUCGACCAUAUCAAACAGACAGGGACUGAUGCUGGAAGCCAGGAAUGUCAGAAAGCCUACAUACAACUCAGAAUACAGAGAAAUCCGAUCAUCGGCGACAAAUUUUCCAGUCGGCACGGACAGAAGGGAAUCUGCAGUCAGCGAUGGCCGACAGAGAAUAUGCCAUUUACAGAGAGCGGAAUGACGCCAGACAUUAUAUUCAACCCACACGGCUUUCCCUCCAGAAUGACCAUCGGUAUGAUGAUUGAGAGCAUGGCUGGCAAGUCCAGCAGUCUCCACGGCCUGUGCCACGAUGCCACGCCGUUCACAUUCUCCGAAGACCAACCAGCCGUGGAUUAUUUCGGGAGACUUCUACGAGCCGCUGGUUAUAACUACCACGGCACAGAGAGAAUGUACAGUGGAGCCACGGGGGUGGAGCUAGAGGCAGAUAUAUUCGUGGGCGUCGUCUAUUACCAGAGACUCAGACACAUGGUCUCCGACAAGUUUCAGGUGCGUUCCACAGGGCCCAUUGAUGUCAUCACCCAUCAACCAAUCAAAGGAAGGAGGCGAGCUGGAGGUAUCCGCUUCGGUGAGAUGGAACGAGACUCGCUCCUCGCUCAUGGGACAUCCUUCUUACUCCAAGACAGACUACUCAACUGCUCAGACAAGAGUAUGAGCCAUGUGUGCACAAAGUGCGGCACCAUCCUCGGAAUAAAUCUGGACAAGAGGAGUGCCGACCAUGACGAAGGCAUCAACAGCGCCCUCUUUGGAUCAAACCAGAAAUGGACCUGCAGCACGUGCCAGUCGGCCGACCACAUCGACGUGAUAACGAUACCCUAUGUUUUCCAAUUCUUAGUAGCAGAGCUGGCAGCCAUGAACGUUAAAGUCAAACUGGAUGUCAAAUGAGUUUUCUUCGGUGCAUAAAUCAUGGGCCAAGUUUGGGCAAGG